AUGCGUCCCACAGUCACAUUUCGCCCGCUGUGCUCUCAGUGCCGCCUGCCCUUGCCUCCGGUCAUCAGCCUGAGGCGGGGCUAUCAUGCCGAGCCCGACUCCUUCCCAGAUAUGGAGGCGGAGCUGCUGCGUCGGAAGCGCAAGACGGAUGCGAAGCGUCGCCAGGGAGGUUCCGAGUUCAUUGAUCACUUGAUCGUAACCGUACGAGGUGGCAAGGGAGGAUCUGGCGCAUCAGCCUUCACAGCACAUCCAUCAAAACGGGGUCUCGGUAUCCCGUCUGGCGGGAACGGCGGUCAAGGCGGCAGCGUCUACCUAAAGACCUCUCCACAUCUCACUUCACUCGCACGCAUAUCCAAACGACUCAUAGGAGAGCAAGGCUCGCACGGCGCCGGGCAAAUGAAGCACGGACGGCGAGGCGCGGACGUCAUCGUUAGUGUACCCGUCGGGACGGUGGUGCGGGAGAUGAACUCUGAGGCGGCAACGGUGGCAUGGGCGAAGGAGGAUGCCGCACUAGGGCUAGAUGCGCAGCAGCGCAGAGAGAGAAGAUGGGACAGGUGGUUCGUCUCGCACCCCAACACCGAGGUCAUCGCGGACGAGUACGGGCCAGCAGAGGAGACGUUACGGAGGGAAGGGUUCUUACGGCGUACAACGGUCGAUCCUAUCUACCUUGAUAUCACGAAACCUAUCGUCGAGCCGGUCCUGCUCUCUACCGGCGGUAGAGGCGGCCUCGGUAACCCACACUUCCAACAGCCGGAAUCUCCCCCUCCUCGACUGGCCUCGAAAGGUCUUUCCCCCGGUACCCUUACCCUCUCAUUCGAGCUCAAGCUCCUCGCGGACGUCGGGCUCGUAGGACUGCCAAACGCUGGCAAGUCCACCAUACUACGGGCAUUAACGGGCCGCGGAGCAGAAGUGGCAGGAUACGCAUUUACGACGCUCAACCCGCAAGUGGGCGUCGUGCGUGUGUUUGAAGAUGGGAGCUGGCGGGGAGAAGAGGGAGUAGUGGAGGAGAGCGAGACCCGGCGGGAGCGGGAGAAGGCAGAUCGCGUCAAGGGAGAGUACAUGCCACCUCCGGUCAAGACGAGAGGCCAGGCAGAGGCAACGCGCUUCACCAUCUCGGACAAUCCGGGCCUCCUCGCACGGGCAUCGGAGAAUUAUGGGCUGGGACACUCGUUCCUCCGCUCCAUCGAGCGGUCAUUGGCGCUCGUCUAUGUGGUGGACCUCGGCUCGGACACGCCAGACACAGAUCUCCAGGUAUUGAGGGACGAGCUGGAGGCGUACAAGCCUGGUCUGGCGGACAAGGCGGUGGCUGUCGUGCUGAACAAGGGGGACGAGGUGGAUGAGGAAGUAGGGAAGGAGAGGGUGAAGCGAGUCAAGGAGGUAAUCAAAGCGUGGGGAGGAGGGGUGGAGACGGUGGUUGUCAGCGCCAAGUUUGGGCUCGGGAUGAAGCGGGUUGUACGGGUCCUGUGCGACCGGGUCGGGGAGGUGAGGAAGGAGCUAGCGAGAGUGGAGGCAGAGGAGGUGCACGAGGAGUAG